ACGCGGAACCGCUUCAAAACAAAACGUGCGCUGAUAGCAACGUAUUUACUUCGAUCAAACACUUCGAAAAUAACAAUUAUCAUAAAUAUUGUCAAGUUAAAUAAUUUCCGCCACUCAUAAUUCAAAAAAGAUAUAUAUCGAAGUUAGUUUAAAGGCAAAAUGUCCUACGAAAAUUGGCUUAACUACUUACGUAGUGCUGAAAAGCAUUCAAUGAUUAGUGGCCACUGCCGCAAAAUACACUAUAAAUUUCCUGAUGGCCAGCAAAUGGCUGAAGAAUAUAGCAUGGAGACAGGCAUUGUGCAACGAAGAGCGUGGCGUAAGUGCAAGCAACUAAUGGGGGAACCCGAGUGGGAAGUCGAAUUGGGAGAAACACCACGCCAAAUUAAUCAGGGCCUUGGCGGUGGCGAUGCAGACAACUCGAGUAUAAACAAUGAUUUCACGCUUCUGGAAAGUAACUCAUCUCCUGUGAUUUCCAAACGUAUCACCAAGAAGAACAUAGAAUGGCGCAUACGUAAUUUACCAUAUCCAAUUCAAGUAUACCAAGUUACAGCAGAACCUGAUAAACGUGCGAUUGUUGUUCGUACUACAAAUAAGAAGUAUUACAAAGUAAUCUCAGUACCUGAAUUGGACCGUUGUAAUCUGCUUCCGUCGCAAGCAAAUAUUAGCACGCACCAUCAGUACAACACACUGAUUAUAACAUACAGUAAGCCAACUUUGUUGAAUGAAAUGGAAGCGCAGGUACUGUUGUUAUUAAAGAAUGUCGAAACGGAAACCGACAUGGAAGCCUUACUUCAGGGGUUGUUAGCGAAAUAAAAAUAUUUAGCAAUAUAAUUUUUUUUAUAAUACUUUAAUGAAUUAAACUUACAAUAUUGUAUAUUUGUUUGAUACAUGUAAUACAUAUGCUGUCGGGAUAUUGCCAUUCGCAAGAGAUCGUCAUAUAUUUGAAACUAA